GCUUGUGUUUUCAAGCUCGUGUGCGCCGUCUGGUCUGUGAGGUUCACACACUGCCGUGAUGAACAGCUGUGGGAGACUAGCACGUGUGUUUGACCGGAGCUCCGGCCUGGAUCUGCUCUUCUGUCUGGUCAAACCCCGGACAACCUGCCGCCAGUGUCCGCAGACAACACCGUCCCUCGCCCGGGGUCAGAGCACCGCUGCCAACCAUACUCCAGGCUCCGACACAGAUGACAAACCCCGGCUUAGAGCCGUUGACCUGGCCCGUAAGAUCCGAGGAGAGAAGUCAAAGACCCGAGAGACAGCGCCUCCCAUGUCUGCCCAGCAGAGGAGGGUGAUGGAGCUGAAACGGUUCAGUGUACAGUUACAAAAUGUGCACCCCAACGUGCUCGCCAAACACCUCCACAGAAGCGUGCUGUACCAGGACAAGGAUGUAGUGAUCGUCAACAAACCCUACGGUGUCCCUGUGGCAGAUAACUCAGACGUCACAUCCAUCACCUCUGUGCUACCUGUUCUCUCCAAAAUGAUGGAUGGGAUGAAGAUGAAGUCUGAUUCUCAGCUCAUUCCCUGUCUGGGUCUAGAAAAGGACUCAACGGGAACUCUCCUGCUGGCCAGGAGGGAUGAAGUGGUGGAGCACGUACUCGCUCUGAAUAGAAAUAACAAAGUGGAGAGGAAGUACUGGGUUAUCACGGUUGGUGUUCCUGUGCCAUCUGAAGGUCUGAUUGAUAUUCCCAUCAUAGAGAGAGAGGUCACAGGUCCUCAGCCACACUAUAAGAUGGCUUUGAGUCCUCUGUACAGAUUGAACGACGAAGGUGAUGGUGUAACCAAAGUCCGAAGUCAUCGCCAAGCUCAUCCAGCAGUGACCAAGUACAGAGUCCUGGACAGCAGCAGCGGUUGCAGCCUUGUGGAGCUCCAGCCUUUUACAGGAGUGAAGCACCAGAUGAGGGUUCAUAUGGCUUUUGCACUGGGGUGUCCCAUUCUUGGUGACCACAAAUAUUCCCACUGGAGCAAACUGGCACCACAGAAAUUACCAGAACGUGUGUUGGGAAAACUUGGGAUUGAACAGAGCAAGGUUCGGCACCUUCCUCUUCAUUUACAUGCACGACAGCUGACGAUGCCAGGAAGCAGCCAAGCUGACGUCAACGUGUCCUGCCCGCUACCGAAAUACUUCACCCAAACACUGGGCCGACUGCAUAUAACGCUCCCAGAUGAAAAACAAAUGUGAUCAUCCCCUUGCUUUGUUCAGUGUUUUACAGUCCAACCCUGUCUGGUUGUGACAGGAAUGUAAUUUAAAUGUGGAAUAGAACACCAGGAUGUGUAACUACAGCGCUAAUACGUGUGAUAGUGGACAGAUGUGUUAAUUAUGAAAAAAAACUGAUGCUAUGGAACUGUAUAAGAACCAUUCAAAUGCAUCAUUAUUAAAAAGACCCACAGCUCACUUUUUCUUUUUACAAGACAAUAAUCAUUAUGUUUCAGCUUGACAUGACUCUUACUACAAAGAUUCCAUCUGCAUAUAUUGUUUAAUAACCUACUAUACACACAUACAUGGAGGAAUACGUUGGCAAAAAUCCUUGAUGGGUGUUUCAGAUGUUAGUUUUAUCCUGAGAAAAAUCUCCUGAAUGACUACAAUGUACAGAUAUAGGUGACAAAUUAAAGGAAAAAUCCAACAAUUUAAGGUGGCUCUGUUAUGCUAAGGAGGGAGUACGUCUCAGCUCACAUCAAUCUUAUGUUAAAAUGCUUCAGUGACCCGAGUGGCAUCUCCCAGGAUGCAGGAGGGGGAUGAAAUAAUGAAUCAGUCUAUGACCUCUGUAGUCACCGGAUCUUAAACAAAAAGUGCCCUGCGGGGGAGUUUGGGCCAACAUGGCCACUAACAUGGUUAAAACACCCAUUUAGAGGAUAUCUUCUAGAUAAAGAAAAAUUGUGUCCUUCACUACAGCUGAGUUAAAGAGGCAGCACAGCACAGGCAACCAUCUUACUGAAACACACUGGUUUUGCCUUCAAUUUGUCACCGAUCUGUAGCACUUAACCAUGUGAAUGAUUGAGUUUUAACUUAUUCCACAAGCAAUAUCAUGUAAUUAUGUUUUGGAAAAAACAGGCACAAGUUUUUCAGAUUUAAACUUAUCAUACAUGGUC